CUCAACAUAAGAAUCCCUCCCAGCCCUACGCUCCUGGCCUGCCACAUCCGUCCAACGGUCUGAGACUAAAUCACGUCAUCAUACGGAUACACUUACAGCAAUUUCCAAUUUUUGUUUCACACGGAGAUGGGCGGAAACUCCACGUAUUCAGAAACGGACGGGGAGGCCAGCCAUCCUCUCACUCCCCUUUUUAUUCGCAAUGAGCCCUCGACGGCGUGGCUACUCCAACGCCCAAGGCCGGCCCAUUCAAGGUGGCGGAAGAAACACAGGCGUCGACUGCUCUUCGUUAUUUCCCAGUCGUGUGCUUCGGGAUAGGUGUGACGGUCUAGUUCCGUCCUAGACAGAAUUAUGUCUUAGCACCAGCGACUAACACCGUCGCUUCCCCUGGAUUGGUGGUGUUUCCUCGAUGGGGGGAAGAAGACACUAAGCCUUUUUGGACCAAGGGCUGUAAUGUUUUAAAGUGAUUAUCAUCCUCUUCUGCUCUUCUCCAUACAUUAUGGUCACCGGUGUGCCUUCGUGUUUUCGGCCGUGAUCAAAGACCAUGGCAACUGGAUGAUGAAAAAGAGGGAGACU